AUGUCCAUGCCAAACUCCCCGAAUACCUACGGAAUUCAGGCUAUCAGUCAACCUGGAAAAGAGCAAGAUUUGGAAAACUUCAAAGCACACAUGGAGUUCAAGACGCUCGGGAAGAGACGGUUCCGGUCCGUUGACGUGCCUCAGAUCUCCGACUAUCCCACGGACCCUGAGCAGAUAUUGAUAGUAGACGUCGGCGGUAGUUUCGGCCACGAUAUCAUUGACUUCCACGCCGCUUUCCCAAAUUUACCCUGGAAACUGGUACUUCAGGACCUCCCCGCAACGAUCUCAGCCAUUGCCCCGGACUUUCCGAAGGAUAUCCAAGCCCAGACGCAUGACUUCUUCACGUCACAACCUGUCGAGCAUGCCAAAAUAUAUUACUUGCAUAUGAUCUUGCACGAUUGGCCGGAUGAUUCAUGCCGCAAGAUAUUGUCAAACAUAAUUACACUCAUGAAAAAUGGAUAUAGCAAGAUCCUUCUUAGCGAAAUUGUCAUCCCAGACACUAAUGCCAACUAG